AUGGAGUAUUAUUACUAUACAGAAAGAGUUCCAAUCUCUGGAACCGUUGCUCAAAUUUCUGUCUUGGAAGAGAACAGGGAAUCUUUGAGCACUUCAGCCACUAGCAGUUGGUUGUCAAAUCAAACAGAUGGAAUUAGGCCCUUUACAAUGCCACUCGCGAAACAUGCAUGCACUGCAUUGGAAAGGGUUCCACUUACUCGACCCAAGAUCACUGAGAAAUUUAUGAAGAAAUUCCAGCAGGAUUUGGUCUCCUGUCGAGCUCCAGCCGACAAUGAUCUUACCAAGUACCUUGUAGAACGUCAAGUUGAGAAGAUCGACCCGGUGUUUAAAUGGUUGGAAUCGAAGUUUGGGUAUAAACCUGUUGUAUAUUCCAGUUUCUCUGGUGGUAAGCAGGAAGAAGGUCUGGUAACAGCCAUUGAAGGCCUGCUCAAAAGGACAAAUGAUUGUGAACUAGUUGCAAUUGAUGCAAUUGCUGUAGCUGGUGCUCAUUCUUUAGUUAUAACCAUUGGAAUCUUUCGUGGUAGAUUGAAUACUGAGGAGGCCAUUGAGCUUAUUAGACUAGGAGAAGAUUUACAGGUAGAAAGCUGGGGUCUGGUUCAAGGUGGACAUGAUGUUGAUAUUGCAGAUCUUACAGUUCAAGUUGCAUCUGCUGCUGUCUUGGAGUUUCUACAAGGAAAUGACUUCUCAUCUGACUGGACAAAAUUAGUAAGAUAG